UCAGAAGUCAGUCAAUCAGAUCGAGGUCCAAAAGGCAUGCAGAGAGGGUGCAUGGUGACAAAGCUACACAUGUAAGAUUGUAAGGAGCGAAGCCAGCACGCAGCAUCGUUGCGCCAUGCACGCAAAGCACGUUAUACCUCUUGCAUGGCUCUUCUCGCCGACCCUCGGCUACGCCACAAUCACGAAUGAAGAGACAAUCAAGAAUAAGCAGCUCAUAUGGCCGCGGUGUGUAUGUACUCGCAUGGUAUGGCGUGUGCAGCACAGCGAGUCAUCAGCGACUCGAGUGAGCUACAAGAAGUGCAACAGUUACAGUCACGAGUCACGAGUCACGCGUCACUUUAAGGGUACCUCCUACAUCAUAUAUACAUCACCUCGUACGUGCGCGCGUGGAUGCAACGACUCGAGCCUCGCCACUCACGACUGCAGAUCUGUAGCAUCUGCGCAGACAUGUGUGUAUUCUCGAUUGCUCGACGCACAAAAAAAGUCGAAGACCAAGACAAGACAAUGAGCGCGCAUCCACGCAGCCAGCACUCAUCACGGCCACAGUUACUCGUCACUGUCCGCCGUGGCUUCAUAACCAGUCACGAGUCAAAGGUCUGGAAGGAGUCACAGGCACGAGUAUUCAAAUUGUCAUCGUGUCGAAUCUUGCUGAACUUGCACGCUCCAGCAUGCAUCCCCACCAGCAUUG